GCUUUUGUGCAUAUGGCAACGUUUCACUUGAGCAAGUCAUUCUUUGCUGAUGUGAAAAUCUUUGUUGUUUCGACUCUCUAAAACCACUUUCCAAGUUGAUAUUCAUUAUCAAGAGUCAGCCUAGUGCCUUCUAUCAACUUAGACUGCAGAAAAUAAUAAUUAUAAAUUUUUCUUAUCUAUGUUGGGUGAUAUUCGUUAUAUUUUCAGUUUAUAUUGGUUUAUGGAUGAUAAAAUUGGGUUGGUGGUCCACUGGCCACGUGCAAAUGUAUCACAGAAUUGAAUUUGAACUUGCUUGGAGCUAGUAUCAAUAUACGUAGAUUGGUCCAUCGGAUGAUGUGCAAUAUACUUAGCAUCAGCAUAAUUUAAUUAUUUAAAAAUGUUGUGAUGCAGUUACUCAUCUGUCCUAGAAAUUGGAUGGUUGAUACACCUGGCUACUUAGCAUCAUGAUGUUGAUUAUUAAAGGCAUUACCGUUUCUGUGUCUAUACUUUUAUGAAAAUGAUUAUUUUGACAAUUAUCAUCCUUAUCGUCAUCUAGUUUCUUAGUGUAAUACCUUUCAUUAUUGUAUUACUGUUUGUUAUCAAAUGUUCAGAGUUGUAAUUUGCUUCUGUUAAAAUGUUGCAACAAUUUACUGUGCAUACUUUCUUCUCACGCUAUCUUCCGAAAGAAAUAGCAGCACCCAUCAAAAUUAUUUCCUCUCCUACGUCUUUAGAUUUUUUGGUUAAUUGUACUUUUGUUUUAGAUAUAAAUUUCUCCGUACAUUUGUUUUGGUUCUUGGAAUGGCCAGGCUGGGUUCGAUAUUGAGAAAGCACCAGAAUUUUUUACUCGAUCUGUUGAAGCUAAGGCGGAUUGACACAAGAUUAUAUUCUAUUUCCCUUUUUGUUUCCUUCUCACUUCACCAGCUAUUAGCUUCAGAAUAUUGGUACUCUCAGAUUCUUUCCUUACUCCAUCAAGGAAGAAUUGCAUCCUUAGGUGGAAUCGACUUGCUGAAGGACCCAGAAUUCAGAAGGUAUUUUGAAACUAUUAUGGUUCUAUAGAGUUCUGUGAGGCUUGGGCAAUGGCUUUUUAUUCCGAGGAGGAAAAAACUGAAGAUUAUCUUUUCAAGAUUGUUUUAAUUGGUGAUUCAGCCGUGGGAAAAUCAAAUUUGCUCGCUAGAUUUGCUAGAGAUGAAUUUUACCCUAAUUCCAAGUCAACCAUUGGAGUGGAGUUCCAGACCCAAAAGAUAGAAAUAAAUGGAAAGGAAAUCAAAGCUCAGAUAUGGGAUACAGCUGGUCAAGAGCGAUUUAGGGCCGUUACAUCUGCAUAUUAUAGAGGAGCUGUUGGAGCUCUCCUCGUAUAUGACAUUAGUAGGCGUCAGACCUUUGACAGCAUUGGAAGAUGGCUGAAUGAACUUCACACUCAUUCUGACAUGAACGUAGUAACCAUACUGGUUGGCAACAAGUCUGAUCUCAAGGAUGCUAGAGAAGUACCAACUGCUGAAGGCAAGUCUUUGGCAGAAGCUCAGGGUCUGUUUUUUAUAGAAACCUCAGCCCUCGAUUCUUCGAAUGUGACAAACGCAUUUCAGACAGUCGUGAAAGAGAUCUACAACAUAUUGAGCCGAAAAGUAAUGAUAUCUCAAGAGCUUAAGAAGCAGGAUGUGAGCUGGAUGGAGAAUGGAAAGACUACUGUAGUUAUACAGGGAGAGGACCAAGUAGAAGGAGAGCCCAAAAAAGGUGGGUGCUGCUCAUCCUAGUAAUUUACAUAUUGGAAUCUGUUCUUUCAUUUAUUCUGCUCAUUAUAUAGCAUCAUUUGCUUAACAACUUCCACAUGUAUCUUCUUCUCCAUCUUGUUGAGUUUUCUUCAGUCGAUGAAUCUGCUCUCUCUAUGUUUUUUCUUC